AAAGCAUUAUUGAUGCACAUAGAUAAUCGACUUUUGACCGCAAGACACUCAAGCCUUCCGGUCAACAGAGGCAAGUAAAAACAACUAGUAUAAAAGGGCCGUUCUUCCUUUCCACAGACAUCAGUAAAGUCAAACCAACAAAACCGUAACCAUGAAGAUUGCAGUGAUCGUAGCAGCUUGCUUGGUGGCCUCCGUCGCCUGUGCGCCGACGCAAAUUGCCCUCACCGAUGACUUCGACGAUUUCGUGGGAUUGCUUCCUUUGGACGAUCUGCUGAACCUGGCUCUCCGUUACCUGCUGAACGACAAGGAAGUCCAGCAAGCGCUGCUCUACCUUCAAGGAGCGGAGUUUGCAUCGGUUUGGGAUCAGUUCUUCGCUCUCUCGGCAGUGCGAGAUUUGUUGAACUACUUGGAAGAUGCUGGUGUGCCCGCAUACGACUCGUUGAAUGAGGUGGCCGACUUUCUGGGACUGACACAUCUGAAACCGAGCGUCCGAAGCUUGCGCACCGGAGGGCUGAAUGGACUGUUGGAAGAGGCUCUGGCUUUGCUGCCACAUGAGGAACUGGAGGCUAUGUUCGAAGAGAAGCUGAAGACUAGCCCCGAGUUCAAGGCCUUGUUCGAGAAACUGCAGAAGUUUGACCAUAAGCAGCUGAGAGAUCUAUACGAGAGCUCGGCUGAAGUACAAGGAAUGAUUCAAAAGCUGCGGGAUCAUGAUGUUGAUGUGGAUCACAUAGUUGAGGUGGUCAAGGACUUCUUCGGCUGGAACUGCCAAACCAACAAAACCGUAACCAUGAAGAUUGCAGUGAUCGUAGCAGCUUGCUUGGUGGCUUCCGUCGCCUGUGCGCCGACGCAAAUUGCCCUCACUGAUGAUUUCGACGAUUUCGUGGGACUGCUUCCUUUGGACGAUCUGCUGAACCUGGCUCUCCGUUACCUGCUGAACGACAAGGAAGUCCAGCAAGCGCUGCUCUACCUUCAAGGAGCGGAGUUUGCAUCGGUUUGGGAUCAGUUCUUCGCUCUCUCGGCAGUGCGAGAUUUGUUGAACUACUUGGAAGAUGCUGGUGUGCCCGCAUACGACUCGUUGAAUGAAGUCGCCGACUUUCUGGGACUGACACAUCUGAAACCGAGCGUCCGAAGCUUGCGCACCGGAGGGCUGAAUGGACUGUUGGAAGAGGCUCUGGCUUUGCUGCCACAUGAGGAACUGGAGGCUAUGUUCGAAGAGAAGCUGAAGACUAGCCCCGAGUUCAAGGCCUUGUUCGAGAAACUGCAGAAGUUUGACCAUAAGCAGCUGAGAGAUCUAUACGAGAGCUCGGCUGAAGUACAAGGAAUGAUUCAAAAGCUGCGGGAUCAUGGUGUUGAUGUGGAUCACAUAGUUGAGGUGGUCAAGGACUUCUUCGGAUGGAACUGCCAAACCAACAAAACCGUAACCAUGAAGAUUGCAGUGAUCGUAGCAGCUUGCUUGGUGGCCUCCGUCGCCUGUGCACCGACGCAAAUUGCCCUCACUGAUGAUUUCGACGAUUUCGUGGGACUGCUUCCUUUGGACGAUCUGCUGAACCUGGCUCUCCGUUACCUGCUGAACGACAAGGAAGUCCAGCAAGCGCUGCUCUACCUUCAAGGAGCGGAGUUUUCAUCGGUUUGGGAUCAGUUCUUCGCUCUCUCGGCAGUGCGAGAUUUGUUGAACUACUUGGAAGAUGCUGGUGUGCCCGCAUACGACUCGUUGAAUGAAGUCGCCGACUUUCUGGGACUGACACAUCUGAAACCGAGCGUCCGAAGCUUGCGCACCGGAGGGCUGAAUGGACUGUUGGAAGAGGCUCUGGCUUUGCUGCCACAUGAGGAACUGGAGGCUAUGUUCGAAGAGAAGCUGAAGACUAGCCCCGAGUUCAAGGCCUUGUUCGAGAAACUGCAGAAGUUUGACCAUAAGCAGCUGAGAGAUCUAUACGAGAGCUCGGCUGAAGUACAAGGAAUGAUUCAAAAGCUGCGGGAUCAUGGUGUUGAUGUGGAUCACAUAGUUGAGGUGGUCAAGGAUUUCUUCGGGUGGAACUAAAUGAGAUGUAGAAGAUUUGGUCAAAAAAUUAAAUACUGCUGUGAUGAGAAAUGAAUGUACGGCAAUUGUAAUUAUAUUUGAAAAGAAAUCAUAUUUUUACCAAGCUUUAGCUAGGAAGAGAGGUUCCACAGAUUGUUAUAAAAGUAUUUAUACCGUUAAUGAUCGUUGACAGCAUUUUAAAAAAGUCAUUAAUUAUUUAGUCAAGUAAGAUCAGCAAUUAUCAGCAUUUUACGUCAUUUCACGAAUAGUGGCAUACAAUCAUAAUAGUUUAUAUAUUAUCGUAGAGUCCUUGAAGAUUUGAUUCUACGGCAUCACCAUAGAUUAUGCCAUACAUGAAUUAUCCUGACAACAUUAUUGCAAGGACUUGCUGUAAUGGUUAACAAACAUAGACAAAUUAGAGAGUGAUGAAAAUACACUGGUUCUCAAAACAAAUAGAGGAACACAAGAAGAACACGCUCUAAAAUCUGACCGGAGAGUCUUGUGACCGCUCACGAUAGAGACCCAGUCGCUAACAACAGGGCUUUGAAUUUGGA